CGAACAGCAACAACAACUACGACAACUAGGAAUGAUUAAUAAUCAGUUUAGCACGAGCAGCAAAGUUAAUAGCAAACAACAACAGCAGCAACAAAAACAACAACAACAACAGCAACAACAACCCUCGAAAACGGCACAAUCACUAAAAGAUUUCAAAAGACUAAAUAUUCUAAACACUACCAUGCCUAAGCACCACUCACAGCAGCUACAGCAACAACAACAGCAAGAGUCACAUUAUCGUUGUUAUUCAAUACAAAAACAACAGCAGCAACGAUCUCCUAAAUACAGCCUAACAUUAAAUCAUUUACAUCAAACGAACGACAGGCUACAAAAGUCUCCAGUAAAAGUUUCGUCGACAACAAUGGCUACGGCAGAGAAAAGUCUUGAUUUAAAAGUCUGGAAAAUAUCACGUUUUAACUGUGAUAACAUAUCAUUAUCAAUACCAUCAACAAUCUCUUCAUCCACUGCCGCUACUACUGCCUUGCAUUUGAAUGGCGAACCACAAAUCAAUGAUGAUGAUAAUUAUUUUCCCUUAUCGUCUACAGCGGCUACCGAUAUCGUGGGCAUCACUUUGCAGAAAUAUGUAGAAGACGAUGUAUAUGAUGAUGACAAUGACGACGAUGAUGAUGAUGAUGAUGAUGACGACGACGAUGAUGGUGAUAGUGAUAAACUGAGAAAUCGAAACGAGAAAAUUCGUCUCGAUGAAGAAGACGAUGAUGGCAGUUGUGAUAGUGAUAUUGUUACCGACGAAGAUGAUGAUGUUAUUGAUGAGAUUACAAAGCAAAGUGUUGCAAUUGAUUUAAUGAACACAAAAAAUGCUACGAAUAAUUUCCGAAAACAGCAAAUUACGGCGACAAGAGCAACACCAACAAAUAGGCUGUGGUAUCAUUGAUGAAAUUUAAUUUGAAUUUGAGCGCCUAACUGUAAAGUUUAAUGCAUAAAUGAA